AUGAGUGAAGGCCCUGUCAAGUUUGAAAAAAAUACCGUCAUAUGUGUCUUUGGUGCGUCAGGUGAUCUGGCUAAGAAAAAGACCUUUCCCGCUCUAUUUGGGCUCUUCAGAGAGGGCUACCUUGAUCCGUCUACUAAGAUAUUCGGUUACGCCCGGUCCAAAUUGUCUAUGGAGGACUUGAAGUCCCGUGUUCUGCCCCACUUGAAAAAACCUCACGGCGAAAGCGAUGACGCUAAGAUCGAACAAUUCUUCAAGAUGAUCAGCUACAUUGCGGGAAAUUACGACACAGACGAGGGCUUCGACGAACUGAGAACGCAGGUCGAGAAAUUCGAAAAAAGUGCGAACGUCGAAGUCCCACACCGUCUCUUCUACCUAGCCUUGCCUCCUAGCGUCUUCCUAACCGUGGCCAAGCAAAUCAAGAGCCGUGUGUACGCCGAGAAGGGCAUCACCCGUGUUAUUGUAGAGAAGCCCUUUGGCCACGAUCUGACCUCUGCCAGGGAGCUGCAGAAAAACCUGGGACCCUUGUUUAAAGAAGAAGAGUUGUACAGAAUCGAUCAUUACCUGGGUAAAGAGCUGGUCAAGAAUCUUCUGGUUUUGAGGUUCGGUAACCAGUUUUUGAAUGCUUCUUGGAAUAGAGACAACAUCCAGAGCGUUCAGAUUUCGUUCAAAGAGCGCUUCGGCACCGAGGGCCGUGGCGGCUAUUUUGACUCCAUAGGCAUAAUUAGAGACGUGAUGCAGAACCAUCUGUUACAAAUUAUGACUCUUUUGACCAUGGAAAGACCGGUGUCUUUUGACCCGGAAUCCAUUCGUGACGAGAAAGUCAAGGUUCUGAAAGCCGUCGCACCCAUCGACAAGGAUGAUGUCCUCUUGGGUCAAUACGGCAAAUCCGAGGACGGAUCUAAGCCGGCUUACGUGGAUGAUGACACAGUUGACAAGGACUCUAAGUGUGUCACUUUCGCAGCAAUGACUUUCAACAUCGAAAAUGAACGUUGGGAGGGCGUCCCCAUCAUGAUGCGUGCUGGUAAGGCUCUGAACGAGUCUAAAGUAGAAAUCAGACUGCAGUACAAGGCGGUCGCUUCGGGCGUUUUCAAAGAUAUUCCAAAUAACGAGCUGGUCAUAAGAGUCCAGCCCGAUGCUGCUGUGUACCUAAAGUUCAAUGCUAAGACACCCGGCCUUUCAAAUGCCACUCAAGUCACAGAUCUGAACCUAACCUACGCCAGCAGGUACCAGGACUUUUGGAUUCCAGAGGCUUACGAAGUAUUGAUAAGAGACGCCCUGCUGGGCGAUCAUUCCAACUUUGUUAGAGACGAUGAAUUGGAUAUCAGCUGGGGCAUAUUCACCCCCUUGUUGAAGCACAUAGAGCGUCCAGACGGUCCAAAACCAGAAAUAUACCCCUACGGAUCAAGAGGUCCAAAGGGUUUGAAGAAAUACAUGGAAAAGCAUAAGUACGUCAUGCCCGAAAAGCACCCUUACGCUUGGCCCGUGACUAAACCAGAAGAUACAAGGGAUAAAUAA